AUACUUCAUCUUCUUGUAGCUGCUGGUGGGGUCUUUCUAGUCGAAAAGAAGCAGCUGACUUACUUUUCAUACAGUAAAUAUUGAGUCUUAUUUUGAAACAACCAACCGGAAAUACGCGUCGUGCGUGGCCGCUCUGGACUCUGAGCAGGAGAACGUUGCGUUCAUGUCCACCUUAGGAAGAGCAAUGUCCAAGUUCCGACUGGCCGUGGUCCAGCUGCACGUGACGAGCGUGAAGGCGGACAACCUGAGCCGAGCCCGGAGGCUGGUGAAGGAGGCGGCGGGUCGGGGCAGCGACGUGGUGCUGCUGCCGGAAUGCUUCAACUCCCCGUACGGAACCAGCUUCUUCUCUGCAUAUGCUGAGAGGAUCCCUGGAGAAUCCACUGAGGUGCUGUCACAGGCUGCAAAGGAGAAUAAAGUGUAUCUAGUGGGAGGAUCUAUCCCUGAAGAGGACGGUGGGAAGUUGUAUAACACGUGCACAGUGUUUGGGCCUGAUGGAAAAUUGAUCCUGAAACACAGGAAGAUUCACCUCUUCGACAUUAACGUCCCAGGAAAAAUCAAGUUCCAGGAGUCUGAGAUGCUGAGCCCAGGGAACAGUCUGUCAGUGUUUGAAACACCCUUCUGUAAAGUGGGAGUGGGCAUAUGCUAUGACAUGAGGUUUGCAGAGCUGGCGCAGCUGUACAGCAGGAAAGGUUGUCAGCUGUUAGUUUACCCCGGAGCCUUCAACAUGACCACUGGUCCCGCGCACUGGGAGCUGCUGCAGAGGGGCAGAGCUGUUGAUAACCAAGUGUAUGUGGCCACUGCAUCACCUGCCAGAGAUGAGACUGCGUCCUACGUGGCCUGGGGUCACAGCACUGUGGUGAACCCAUGGGGAGAAGUUCUGUCCAAGGCCGGAGCAGAGGAGGAGGUGAUUUAUGCAGAGAUUGACUUGCAGUAUUUGGCCGACAUCCGGCAGCAGAUCCCCAUCACAACGCAGCGCCGCAGUGACCUUUAUACAGUGACGGCUGUGCAGGAAGGGUCGGGCUGAAAACGGACUCGGAGGAGCAGGAGAGUGGGAUGUGUUGCGUCAGGUUUGUGCCACUUGGCUGUGGGUUGUUGCUGGGAGAUCAUCGGGCAUUUGGUAACCAAAGAGUUGGGGGGGUUGUGACAAAGGGAACAGCUGUAGGGGAGUGAAGAGUAAAGCUGUAUUCAGGAUCAGAUGGAUUCCUGGCCUCAGGAACGCCUUGUGGGGGAGGUUGUAACUGGGUAUAGAAGCAGAUUUAAAAGAGAAACUGCUCAGAAGACUCCUGAGCUGUAAGUGGCCUCACCAUCAAAACGAAACAGUCCACCACACCUGCAGGCUCUCGAUCCUUCAAUUCUUUUAAGAAUUGGCAGAAAAUUGAGAAAUUCUCAAAUUAGUAUAGAAGGUCAAGGUACAAUCAACACUAUGUGUUAGAUCACAUUGUCUCGUUCUCCCUGAAGAACAAGAUGUGUCUUCUAAACUUGGUUUUCCACAUCUUUUACAUCUUCCACAUCUGCUGACAGUUGAUUAGUACAAAAUUAAUGAGAGAUUUUGAGUAAUAUAAGUCGUUUGUUUAAUGUGUAAAACUCAGAACUCUAUGCUCAGGAAAAACAUCAGAAAAUACAGUGAUCGUGAUGUAUUCUGUACUUGAUGUAAUCACAUUCUGUACACAUUUUUUUAUUUCUUUCAUAUAAUGUCAUCUAUCAAUACGCAUUUUUAGAUUUAAAAUGUAAAUCCUAAAAAGCCAAAGUCAAACAAAGCAGCAACAUUAUUAAAUCUUUAAUGAAAUGUGCUGAAACAA